GCGCGCCGAGCGGGGGGCACCGCGCGGGUGCAGGCACGAUGGAAGGGGGUGCGUACGGAGCAGGCAAAGCCGGGGGCGCCUUCGACCCCCACACGCUGGUCCGGCAGCCGCACACCAUCCUGCGCGUCGUGUCUUGGGUGUUCUCCAUCGUGGUGUUUGGCUCCAUUGUGAAUGAGGGCUACCUCAACACCCCCUCCGAGGGGAAGGAGUUCUGCAUCUACAACCGAAACCCCAACGCCUGCAGCUACGGUGUGGCCGUGGGCGUGUUCGCCUUCCUCACCUGCCUGCUGUACCUGGCCCUGGACGUGUACUUCCCACAGAUCAGCAGCGUGAAGGACCGCAAGAAAGCCGUCCUGUCAGACAUCGGUGUCUCGGCCUUCUGGGCCUUCCUCUGGUUUGUGGGCUUCUGCUUCCUGGCCAAUCAGUGGCAGGUCUCCAAGCCCAAAGACAACCCGCUGAACGAGGGGACAGAUGCGGCCCGGGCCGCCAUCGCCUUCUCCUUCUUCUCCAUCUUCACGUGGGCGGGCCAGGCUGUGCUGGCCUUCCAGCGUUACCAGAUUGGCGCCGACUCGGCCCUCUUCUCCCAGGACUACAUGGACCCCAGCCAGGACUCCAGCAUGCCUUACGCCCCCUACGUGGAGCCCAGCGCUGGGCCGGACCCCGCCGGCAUGGGCGGCACCUACCAGCAGCCAGCCAACACCUUCGAUACCGAGCCCCAGGGCUACCAGUCGCAGGGCUACUGAGCCGCAGUGACCACCUGCCCUCCCCGCCAUCGCCGUCCCCUGCCCCAGCCCCAGCCCCAGCCCAGCCGCCCCCUUCCCCCCACCCCCCUCCCUCCACACCCGGCCCCCGCUCCCUCCCCGGCUGCCCUGCUCAGCACCUCACCAGCCUCCCGGUUAUUACACUGAGGCCCAGGGCAGCUCAAGGUGGGAUGGGGCAAUAAGGUGUGUGUGGGCAUGUGUGUGCAAAUGUGUCCAGCAAGGGCCUGGGGUGUUGACAUUCAUUAGUUGUUUCAUGGAGCAUUCAUUGAGCACCUACGGUAUGUCCGGCCCAUGCUUGACACGGUUUUGAAAGAGAAAUGGCCUCUGGGAAGGGGGCAGAUGAGAUGUGGAGGAGGCCUUAUCAGGUGACAGAGGCAGGAAUAGUGGGAGAUCAACCGGGAUGAUUCUGGGAAGGUUUGGCUGCAGGAUGAGUGUAAGACCCUGGGGGCUGCCGUCUGCCAGGAGGGACACAACAGCCCUGCGAGAAGGGUUGGGGCUGUCUCCAUUUUAUGGGUGAGGAAACAGGCCUGCAGAAGUCAAGGUCACUGGCCCAGGGUCACAGGCAGCCAGUGAUGGAGGCGGGGCCAAGCCCAGAGCACCUCUGUCCCCUGUCCUCCCUGCCUGCCCUCAUCCCCGAGCCUGGGGCUCCUCUGCUCAACGCUCCUGUUACUUGGGAGGCCUUGGGGACCUCAGCCCGUAAGACACCCUGAUUCUGCUGCAAUCGAGGGGCCUGUUCUGCCCUGGCUAUUCCCAAGCAGGACAGCCCUGCCUCCAGGACCUCUCUGCACACCCCCCUCCCAGGGUGGGAGUUUCCCUGUGUACCACCCCGUGCUGUGUGUGCCCUCCCUUUCGGGCCUCCCGAAGGACUGAGCACUGUCCCUGCCUCCAGGAGGUGCUCACUAAGACCUUUCUCAGGGCUGGGUAGACGAGGAAGCCCGGAGGGGGCGCAGCCGGCCCGAGGUCACAGCGAGUGAGGGGCAGAGCUGGACUCGCUGCCUGAGUGUCUUGGCCCCAGCCACCACAGCAGGUGUCCCAAUUCCCUGCCCUUGUGACCUCCCAGGAAACAGCUGAUCUGGGACACUGUGUCAUGUUUCCCUCCUCCAGGGUCAGCCAGGGGCUUAGGGGCUGGAAUAGCCAAGACCAUGGGGGGUCCUUGCCCUGGCCUUCCAGAAAGCCCCCCAAAGGGCCGGUCUCCCUGUGGGAGGCUGAGUAGAGAGGACAGGAGCUCUGGACCCUCCAUGGCCAGCCUGGGGGCUACUGCCGUGGGACAGACUGCCCAAGAUGAACAGUGAGAGCCUCUGGUGCAUGGGAGGCUCAGGGAGGCCAUGGACUGUGGGGGGGAGACAGCGGGUGACCCCAAGGCACAAGGAGGGUCUGAGGGGCAGGGAGGGGCAUUUGCACAAAGUGGGCUCUUCACUGAGCCGUUAGGGGAGGAGGCCUUAAACGGUGGAGAGAAGUGUGAGGAGCCCUGGGGCCCAGUGCCUUGGGGAGCAGGGUCGGCAUGGUGCUGGGUGUACCCACCAGCAGCAGCAUGUCCCCCACAAGAACCCUAAGGGGCAGGUGAUAUUGAUUCGGCAGUUACGGGCACCUGUGCUGGGGCUAAGGCACUGAUAGUCCGUGAGAGAUGAGCACACAGCUGGACCGGGGUGAGACAGCGGGCAGAGGCCUGUGGGAGAGCAUGACGGGCUGAGGCUCCCCGAGGAGGACCCUGGGAGGGCAGGACUUAGCACCGCAAUGAGGGAGGGAGAAGUAGUGUCACUGUCCCCACUUAACAGAAAGGGACACCGGCUCAGAGCGUGAGUUAGCAGCGGGGCAUGGAUCCAAACUCAGGCCUGUCCCGUCCUCCCAAGGGGCAGCAGUGACGGGAGAGGACCCCAGGCAGCUGAGCAACAUCUGGUUGUUGCUGACGUUAGUUUUUCACAUCUGGGAAGGGGUCUCUUUCACAUCUGUCUGUGGGUGUCUGGAUGGCCCAAGUGGGGGCCGGAGGGAGUCACGGUAUCUGCCGGGCUGUACUAGACCAGAGGUUUGCAGAUCGGGUUCAGGGUGUAGGUGGGUGUGGGUAUGUUUCUGGCAGAAGUCCUGUGCCCAUGCAGCGGGCUGUGAGAA